AUGGAGUCGAAGCAAGAGCUGUAUCCAAGGCGAAGUCUCAAGAAGAUAAGCAAGACGCUAAUGGUCAUCCCACUCAGCGAUAAUACACCGAUGGACGAUGCCUCUGACGAGGGCGAUUCGAAUACACAGGGGUCGAGGACUCGUUUUUCUCCUGGCCUACAGCCAUCCCGACCUGCCUCAAACACCAGACCUAGCGCCCGAAAUUUGCUCGACGGGCUAGGCUAUCUAAAUCACAACGCCGACAACCUGCUUGGAUAUCUAGAAACCAUAGAAUUUUUUCAAGACGACGAAUCCGACCCACGGCUCGAUAGUCCCAAAAGCGUGCUGGUGACGCCCGAAUUGACCGCGCUGCUCAAGAAGAUACCAGAGCGUUCCGUGACGGAUAUCCUCAUACAGCACUUCUUUGGUGAAGCGAAUUGGGUCUACGAACUGGUCUACUUAACCACGUUCCUUGACCGCUACAAUGAAUGGUGGUCUCGUCCCUACCAAAGUGUGGAUAAUCUGGAGUUUGCCGUGUUGCUUCUUCGUCUUUGCUCCUACAGCGCCCAGUUCCUUCCUUCGCAAAACUACACGGCGGACACAAUCUUAGGGAAGUCUUUGUGCACCAUCCGUGAACACUGCGAUGCCACGGCUAUCGCUCUUAGUCAAUCACCUACAAUGAAGACAAACCCGCCUUCGAUUCUUAGAGUUCACGAACUGUUCUUCCGCGCAUGCUAUCUGAAAAAUGAAGGACGGAUGAAGAAGAGUUGGGAUGUAUUGAGCGAAGCUAUACGGGAAGCGCAUGAGCUAGGACUACACGUGGAACUACCAAAGGGGAGUGGGAGCCUUACGAGUGAAAACGAUGUUGAGAUGGGAAAGAGAACCUAUUGGAAUCUGUUCCUCUGGGAUUGGUGGCCUCUGAUCCCCGAGCAACACUGUACUGUCUCCCUUCCUAACUGUGUCAUUGCCUCUCAGAUCUCGGACGUCAACGCGCCGAAUGGAUUUUGCGAGCGCAGACUUCAGAUUGAGCUUACAAAGAUCGCCUUCGAUCUGCUUACAUCGAAUCAUGGGGAACCGUCAACAGAUCCUGUCAUCAUCGACAAACAUGUUAGACGACUACAGGGAGAAUUCAUUGAAAAACUACCGCCUGCGUUCAAACUCCAUGCCGCUGAUGAAAAGUGGGACGAUGAACUUCCCAACCUGAAACGGCAGAGGAAGAUGUUCAGAAUUAGCGUCUUUGCGACCAUGUGCUCGCUGCUGAGACCCGUUAUCCUUCAGUCGCCAGACCAGACGCGGACUUGGUCGCCGUCCGAUAGAAAAUUAGUAGCCGAACAUAGAGCAUCCCUACUUGAUGUGACUAUAGAGAUGCUGGAAAGUCUUUUUUACGCUGGAGCCGGCAGUCCUACUGGGGAUGUGCCUUAUGAACCCAGACAUCGGCAAAAAAAGGAGGGCAAGCAAGGCUCGUCUGCUUCAGGCGUGUCCCGCGGAAGUUCGUUAGCAGAUGACGAACAGUGGAAACAAGGGCGUAAGAAGAUUGGAGACGCUGUGGCGCGACUGAAGAUUCUCAGUGAGGUCAGCUCGAUCGCCAGGGCUGGCGUUAAGGUUCUGGAGAUACUCGUGACAAGUAUCGACAUUACAAGAACGGUUACAGUCCUCAAUGGAACGAAGAAAAACAAAUUUAGGCGUCCGACUUCACAAUCCUCGUCGAUAUCACCAGUCAAUGACUCAGAUCUUUCCAAGCCAAGGACUCCAGACACCUCAGAAGAUCUUCCGGUCACGUCCUUGCAAUCUUCCUCACAUGCGGUCGGCACCGACGAAGUUUCUAACAUGCCGAACAUGCCUCCUUACUCGCAGCCGUCUCACCCAAGCCAGGACUCGCAAUUGCUCAAUGGUAUCAAUGUCUGGGGCGACGUGGAAGGCCUGGACAUGUCUCAUAUCACACCCAGCUUCGCGGAUUGGGACCUCGAUUUCCGCGACGCUUUCCUCUUCAACGACUCUGGCUCUCUCAGCAACCCUGCUGGCUCCGGCGACGGCGCUCUUGAGCCAAUGGUCACAAUCGCUAACGUCGGUGUCUCGCAAAGUGCCCCCAGAUCGCACCCUAGACCGGCGAUCGCUCGACCGAUUAUAAGAGCUGUCGAUGUUGGGGCGACUCCGCAAACCAAAGAUCCCAGCUCAAAGAUUCCGAUUGCCGACAGAAAGACGGAUUUGAUUGAGAAAAUGGAAUAA